AUGUACCAGCUGCAGGAGCCCGUCUCACAGUCAUGGAGCAACCACAGAAGAGGCCCUAAUGCGUGCUUCUGCAUGCUGCUGCUGGUGGCCAUCAUGCGGCUGCAGGCAUGGCCUUCCUUCCGCUGUGCAGGAGUGCGCUAUCUUUUCAGGCCGAGGCUGAGACUGAAAAAGAGAGCAGCUGAUCAAAUUGGGGUUCCUCCCCCCCUUUUGUUCCUUGCCUUUCUCUUGGCAGUCAUCUACAUCUGUGGUCCCCUGGAGAUGCUGCACCAAGUCAUGCGUCGAGCCCACUACGAGAGCAUGACCAACGGUGACUAUGUCUUCUUCUACUUGGAUGUCUUUGGAGAAAGCUUGCAAGGGGAAGGGAGACAGGGAGCUGCCAAGCCCUGGCGGAGCAAGGAGGGCCAGGACCCCAGCACCCUACGGGAGGCCUUCCAGACGGUGCUGGUGAUCACCUAUCAUGAGCCCCAAACUUCUGAGUACCGAAGCUUCCAGAAUCAGGUGAUCCUGCGGGCUCGGCAGGAGUAUCAGGUGGAGCUCAGUGGUUCACUGAAAAACCUGGUGGCUGGCUGCUUCCAUGAUGGCCUGGUCCUCUACACCAUGGCCCUGAACGAGACCAUCAACGAGGGCGGAACAAAGGGGAACACCAGCCGCAUCCUGGAGAAGAUGAAGGGGCGCACGUUCCAGGGAGUCACCGGGACCGUGAGCAUGGAUCAGAACAACGACCGUGACACAGACUUCAACCUGUGGGCCAUGGCAGACGUGAAGAGUGGCGAGUACCAGGUGGUUGGACACUACAUAGGGUCGGAGAAGCAGCUGAAGUGGCUGGGGCCCAUCCACUGGGUGAAGGGGGAGCCGCCUCUGGAUAACCCCCCCUGUUUUGACAUAGACGACCCCUCCUGCGACAAAAGUGCCCUCAGCACCCUGGCGAUCAUGGCACUAGGGGCCGGACUCACCUUUAUCAUGUUUGGGGUCUCCAGCUUCCUGAUCUUCAGGAAGCUGAUGCUGGAGAAGGAGCUGGCCAGCAUGCUGUGGCGGAUCCGCUGGGAGGAGCUGCAGUUCGGGAGCUCGGAGCGUUACCCCAAGGGGGCAGGCAGUCGACUCACGCUCUCACUGCGCGGGUCAAGUUACGGCUCCCUCGUGACCGCCCACGGCAAAUACCAGAUCUUUGCCAACACGGGACUCUUCAAGGGAAACGUGGUGGCCAUUAAGCACGUCAACAAGAAGCGAAUCGAGCUGACGAGGCAGGUGCUCUUCGAGCUGAAGCACAUGCGGGAUAUCCAGUUCAACCACCUGACGCGGUUCAUAGGGGCCUGCAUUGACCCGCCCAACAUCUGCAUCGUGACUGAGUACUGCCCUCGUGGCAGUCUGCAGGAUAUUCUGGAGAACGAGAGCAUCAACCUGGACUGGAUGUUCCGCUACUCCCUCAUCAACGACAUCGUCAAGGGCAUGGCCUUCCUGCACAACAGCAUCAUCGGCUACCACGGCAGCCUCAAGUCCUCCAACUGUGUGGUGGACAGCCGCUUCGUGCUCAAGAUCACGGAUUACGGCCUGGCCAGCUUCCGGCAGAGCCACGACAGUGAGGGCAGUCACGCGCUCUAUGCCAAGAAGCUGUGGACGGCUCCAGAGCUCCUGCAGAAGGGGACCCUGCCCCCCCCGGCCAUGCAGAAGGCAGACGUGUACAGCUUUGGGAUUAUCCUGCAGGAGAUCGCGCUGCGCAACGGGGCCUUCUUCGUGGAGGGCCUAGACCUCAGCCCCAAGGAGAUUGUGCAGAAGGUGUGCAACAGCCAGCCGCCCUACUUCCGGCCCACCGUUGACACCCGCCUGCACAGCGAGGAACUGGCUGUGCUGAUGGAGCGCUGCUGGGCGCAGGACCUGGGUGAGCGCCCGGAUUUCACCCAGAUUAAAAUCUUCAUCCGACGGUUCAACAGGGAAGGCAGCACCAGCAUCCUGGACAACCUGUUGUCGCGCAUGGAGCAGUAUGCCAACAACCUGGAGAAACUGGUGGAGGAGCGCACGCAGGCCUACUUGGAGGAGAAGCGCAAGGCGGAGAACCUGCUCUACCAGAUCCUCCCUCACUCGGUGGCUGAGCAGCUGAAGCGGGGCGAGACAGUCCAAGCCGAAGCCUUCGACUGCGUCACCAUCUACUUCAGCGACAUUGUGGGGUUCACCUCCUUGUCAGCAGAGAGCACCCCCAUGCAGGUAGUGACGCUCCUCAACGACCUCUACACGUGCUUCGAUGCCAUCAUUGACAACUUUGACGUCUACAAGGUGGAGACCAUCGGCGAUGCCUACAUGGUUGUGUCUGGCUUGCCUGUUCGGAAUGGCAAGCGUCACGCCCACGAGAUCGCCCGCAUGGCCCUUGCACUUUUGGAGGCUGUGAAAACAUUCCGCAUCCGGCACCGGCCCGGUGAGCAGCUGUGUCUGCGCAUUGGUGUACACUCGGGGCCGGUGUGUGCAGGAGUGGUGGGCCUCAAGAUGCCGCGCUACUGCCUUUUUGGGGACACAGUCAACACAGCUUCACGCAUGGAGUCCACCGGCGAGGCCUUGAAGAUCCACAUCUCUUCCACCACCGAGGAGAUCCUGGACGAGUUUGGCUGCUUUGAGCUGGAGCUGCGGGGUGACGUGGAGAUGAAGGGCAAAGGGAAGGUGAGGACCUACUGGCUGCUGGGUGAGAAGAGCAUCAUCUGAUUGGCUCCUCCCUCUUUGGGCACUGGGCAGCCACUCCUC